UCCCGGGAAAAGUGCUGCCAUCCAGCCAUGGUGGUUUUCAAUGGCUUGCUGAAAAUCAAGAUCUGCGAGGCGGUGAAUCUGAAACCCACGGCGUGGUCUCUGAGGCAUGCGGUGGGUCCCAGGCCGCAGACCUUUUUGCUGGACCCUUACAUAGCCCUCAACGUGGACGACUCCAGGAUCGGGCAGACCUCAACCAAGCAAAAGACCAACAGUCCUGCUUGGAACGAUGAAUUUGUCACCGACGUUUGUAAUGGCAGGAAGAUAGAGAUGGCUGUUUUCCAUGAUGCCCCCAUCGGGUACGAUGAUUUUGUAGCUAACUGCACUAUACAGUUUGAGGACUUGCUGCAGAACGGGAGCCGCCACUUCGAGGACUGGAUUGACUUGGAGCCAGAAGGGAGAGUGUAUGUCAUCAUAGACCUUUCAGGAUCGUCAGGUGAAGCACCCAAAGACAAUGAAGAACGUGUGUUCCGGGAACGUAUGCGCCCCAGAAAGCGGCAGGGUGCUGUGCGACGCAGAGUACAUCAGGUUAAUGGACACAAGUUUAUGGCUACCUAUCUUAGACAACCAACUUAUUGUUCGCACUGCAGAGAUUUUAUAUGGGGUGUAAUAGGAAAACAGGGAUACCAAUGUCAAGUUUGCACUUGUGUAGUCCACAAGAGAUGCCAUGAACUUAUAAUAACGAAGUGUGCUGGCUUAAAAAAACAGGAAACUCACGAUGAGCAAGUGGGAUCCCAGCGUUUCAGUGUCAACAUGCCUCACAAGUUCAGCAUUCACAAUUACAAAGUGCCCACCUUCUGUGACCACUGUGGUUCAUUGCUCUGGGGUCUUUUGAGACAAGGUUUACAAUGCAAAGUUUGCAAGAUGAAUGUACAUCGACGCUGUGAAACAAAUGUGGCACCAAACUGUGGAGUGGAUGCUAGAGGCAUAGCUAAAGUUCUUGCAGAUCUUGGAGUCACUCCAGAUAAGAUCACUAAUAGUGGACAGAGGAGGAAAAAGCUAAUUGCAGGUGCAGAGACUCAACAACCAGUUCCUGGAAGCGCAUCAUCAGAAGAAGAUAGGUCAAAGUCAGCACCAACUUCUCCAUGUGAUCAAGAAAUCAAAGAGCUGGAAAACAACAUUAGGAAAGCAUUAUCAUUUGACAAUCGGGGAGAGGAACACAGAGCAACAGCUACAACAUCAACAGACAACCAGCUUAGUAAACCUGGGGAGAAUGGUGAAAAUGGGGAGGUCAAGCAGGCCCAGACCAAGCGAAUAGGCCUUGAAGAGUUCAACUUCAUCAAAGUACUGGGGAAAGGCAGCUUUGGCAAGGUGAUGUUAGCUGAGCUAAAAGGAAAAGAUGAAGUAUAUGCAGUGAAAGUCUUGAAGAAAGAUGUCAUACUUCAGGAUGACGAUGUAGACUGUACAAUGACAGAAAAGAGAAUUCUGGCGUUAGCACGGAAACAUCCGUACCUAACACAACUUUAUUGCUGCUUCCAGACAAAGGACCGCCUCUUCUUCGUCAUGGAAUAUGUAAAUGGAGGAGACCUAAUGUUUCAAAUCCAGCGCUCCCGCAAAUUUGACGAACCUCGAUCCCGCUUUUAUGCAGCAGAGGUCACAUCAGCACUCAUGUUUCUUCACCAACAUGGCGUCAUCUACAGGGACCUGAAACUGGACAAUAUUCUUCUGGAUGCAGAAGGCCACUGUAAACUGGCUGACUUUGGCAUGUGCAAAGAAGGGAUUCUGAAUGGAGUGACCACCACAACCUUUUGUGGCACACCUGACUAUAUAGCUCCGGAGAUCCUCCAGGAGUUAGAAUACGGCCCGUCAGUAGACUGGUGGGCUCUGGGUGUUCUCAUGUACGAAAUGAUGGCUGGGCAACCCCCCUUUGAAGCUGACAAUGAAGAUGAUCUCUUUGAAUCCAUCCUUCACGAUGAUGUCUUGUAUCCAGUCUGGCUCAGUAAAGAAGCUGUCAGCAUUUUAAAAGCAUUCAUGACAAAAAACCCAAAUAAGCGACUUGGCUGUGUGGCGUCACAAAACGGGGAAGAUGCAAUUAAGCAGCAUCCGUUUUUCAAGGAAAUUGACUGGGUUCUUCUAGAACAAAGGAAAAUCAAGCCACCCUUCAAACCUCGGAUUAAAACCAAAAGGGAUGUAAAUAACUUUGAUCAAGACUUUACACGAGAAGAACCAGUAUUAACGCUAGUGGAUGAGACAAUUAUAAAACAAAUCAAUCAAGAAGAAUUUAAAGGGUUCUCUUAUUUUGGAGAAGAGCUACUGCCAUAGACAACAUUAGGCUGACAGAUGAAUGAUGCUGCAAGAAGUGAUUCUGAAGAGAUCGUCAAAUUACUGAGACUCAGUAGAUCAAGAACUACUUUUCUUACCCUGAGCCCAUAUCCCCAAUUAAAGUAUAUAUUUAUUGUUUUUUUCCUUUAAUCUUCUGACCUGAAAGCACUCUUAAAUUCUCUCUCACAAGGCAAUGCAAAAUAAUUUUGUAUCAGAAAUUGUAGAUGUAACACACUGCCAUAUAUUUGCAACUUUUCUUUUAUUCCUAAGAUCUCCCCAGAGGACAAAACUGCAUCUUUUUCAUGGAAAAUGAAGCCGUGCUAUUAAAAGCGAUGUAAC